UUUACCGAGGUUCCUUUUCACUCUUCUCUCUCUCUUUGUGUCGGUGUUUCUUGGGUUUGGUAGCUGAUGAUGAAUGGUACAGUGGGGUUUGUCUGUUUGGUCGGAAAACGUGUAAAAAACGUUUCUUUACGUGCCUUUCAUAAAAUUCAAAACUGAACUUGAUGGCCUUUUUUUCUUGUUUAAUUAACAAAGUGGCUUUAUGAGAAAAAUAAAAUAAUUGAAAAACCGACGGUCUUAACUGAUCAAAAUCUGCCUUUCUCUGAUUAUUGUGUGUGUGUUCUUGAAAGUGCUCUCAGGUCUGGUUUGAUUGUGAAUUCAAUAUUGGAAACAAACCAGAUGAUUCUAAAGAAUCUGAUGGAAGAAAAGCAGUUAGAUUUUGAUCAACCUCUUCUAUCAGUGAGGAGAAUCUCAUCAACAGUGGCCUCUGAAAAUGAAAAUAAAAGGAAACCUGAUAAGGCAGUACCCAAAAGACCUCCUCUUCCGUUCUACAAAUCAGAUUUAAAAUCAGGUCCAGUGAGUAACCCUGGAACUGUUCCUUUCGUGUGGGAGAAGACUCCAGGGAAGCCUAAGAAUGAAAGCAGACUACAAACACAGGCUCCUGAACGGGCUUCUGUUGCUCCAAAGCUUCCACCUGGGAGGGUUUUGAAAGCUGAUCAGCAAGAUUUUGAUAAAGUUCCUAAAGUUACAUUGGUUACUCAGUCCAGCACAGAAAGAAGUGUUUCAGAUUCUGAGCAUGCUGCAUCUUUGGAUAAUCAAGUGACAAAACAUGAAAGCCCCAAAGAAGUAACUGAGAAGGCAAGUUCUUGUUCAGACAAUGAGGAUGAGACCUAUCUAGAUGCUCUUGAUACACUUUCCAGAACAGAAUCAUUCUUCAUGAGUUGUAGUGUGAGUGGUUUGAGUGAAUGGGAUGACCAUGAGGUCCAACCAUCUGGAAGUUUUCCAACAGAUCAAGAGGCGCGUGAUUUCAUGAUUGAUAGGUUCUUGCCUGCAGCAAAGGCAAUGGCUUCUGAAACACCUUCACUUCAACACCACUCUAGGAAGCCACUUGCUGCACUAGAACAACCAAAACUGAUGAGGAAAGUGGUAACUGGAACAAAUUCCCGCCCCCUAAAUGAGAAAUGGCAAAAGGUUUUGCCGCAUUAUGUUCAAGAUAUUGGUAGGGAAGAAAGUGGAGAUGAAAGUGAUGAUAAUGAUGGAUAUGAAAACUAUGCACCCAAAGUUUGUGGACUGUUUCCUCGGUUCUGCCUUUUGAACCCAGUUCCAGGAUUAAGAACGGAAGGUAGGAUUCAAAGUUCUACAGGACAUGGAGUGCAGAAUAAAUCAAUUGUUUCUCACAGAAGAACUGCAAAAGAGAAUGGUAGAACUGCUAAUAAUGGGAAAAUGUCUCUAAACUCUCAAUCCGGCUUUACAAAAGAGAAGAAAGAUUUCGGCACAGCAGAAAAAUCUGAGCAUGGUAUUGAUCCACCUCGCCGAGCUUGCAGCAAAUCAUCAACCUCUGAGAGCUCUCAAUUUGAGUCAAGCAGUGAAAGCCCUGUUGUUGAGAAAACUCUAUAUGUAGAUUCUGUACAUGAGGUCAAAUCUUCAAAUGCAUGUUCUUCAGACACCAAUGACAGAGGGGAUGAUUUUGAUACUUCAAGGAAAGACACUGGUCUUGAUAAAAAUCUUUGUAUAGACUAUUCAAUUGAGGAAAGCAAACACUUGGGUAUUGUGGAUGAAAAGGGUGUCUUACAACCUAAAAGUUCAGCUUCUCUUGAUUCAUCUCUCUUGGUUGAUGCUGACAAUUCAAAUGAUAAUUUGCAAAUGGAGCUGAAAAAUCAUCCCAAGAAAAUAUGCCCAGAAGAGCCUAAUUACCAAGGGAAUAAUUUGGAUCAUGCUUUGGUUGCAUUUUCAAGUCCAGCAAUGGUUGAAUCCAAGAAAAGAGAGUCUGAAAGCAAAGUUUUUAGCAUUAAGGAAGGUUCUAAUGGUCCUGGUUCCUGGAGAAACAAGAAGUUUACUAGUGAUUUGAAAUUUGAUCCAAAGGGCCUAUCAGCUACCAAAGUGUUUGAUCAAGAAUGCACUCUUAGAUCUAGUGAGGACCCUAGUACUUUGACUAGCUCAAAAGUGGUAGGUGACACAAAAUUGUAUAUGAAGUUGGGCCAUGGAGAGACUCUAAAUGCAAGCUCUAUGAAGCAUCCUCUUGCACUUCCUUCACCAAAAGCUCCUUCAGAGUCUUGGCUUAAGCGCACUUUGCCAACAGUUUCCUCCAAGAACACAUUUUUACGGUCUAAACUUGCUACCCACUUACCUGCACCAGUUCAAAUUCCCAGCACAGCAUUAUCAGAUCCCAAGUGGGAAAGAAUUGUUAAAUCUUCUAAAGCUAAUCAUGGGCAUCUUCAGUUUGGUGAGGAACUACUUCCAACCAUUCCUGAAGCAUGAAUUUGCAGAAGAUUUGGUAAUUUGAUUUGCUUGCUGAAAUGUGCAGGGUCUUCUAAAUGUAAUUAAUUGUUGCUAGGAUCAUUCUACAGAUGGAUCUCCCUUUUGCUUUUAUAUAUAGAUACAUGAGAUGAGAUAGUAUAGUGUAAUACUACUCAAAAGUGUAAAUCAGAGUUUCCCUUUUUGUCUUGUAAAUGUAUAAACUUGUUUCAGCUAAAGUUUAUCACUGAAAAUCUUUAAGGUGAUCUGUUCUUGUAAUAUCAGGGCAAAAGACUUGUUCCCUAGAAAGAAUAAAUUUGUAAUGAUGAUGAUUAUGGUGGUCAUGCUCUUCAAUUUUCUUCAA